CAAGGACACACUUUUGAUUCACAAGGAUGGCAACCACGGUGGGUAGUUUCGGUGCAAUAAAUUCCCCCAAAUUUCCCGUCUUGCCCCCACUCGAGCCUGGGUAUUUGUUGCGGAGAGACAAUGGUUUUAUUAGGGAUGAGAAUUUGGUGAAGUUUUUGCACACUGGGGAAUAUUACAAGGAUCACAAAGUUAGACGGAAAUUAGGGAAACAUGGAAAGUUUGGAGGCCAAAGACCCCUCCCACCGGCGCCGACGAUCCCGCAAUCAGCAGCAGAUCAAGAGUUUGAUGAUUUCCAACGUGCCAAACUCUUCGGAACAUUGGUCGCCAUGAUUGGCUCGUCCGGCCUGAUCGUUCCCCUCCUAACGGCGGCCAUCCUCCCCUUCGAACUCCUCAACCCGAACCUUCUACUCGCCAAGUCGCUCGCCCUGCUCGCCAUCCCCGUUGGCGUGAUGAGUUACGGUCGCUCUCUUAAAGAUGACCACACCCACCGCGAAAAGAGAAGCAUCGUCUUCUUCAACAGAUUAUUCAAUCCUCCCGCCACAAAUUUCAAUUUAAAGAAUGUAUCCUCCCCAGAAAAUUCAACCUUGGCGGGAUCGACUACACCCACGACGACCACGAUGCGACCAGUCUUAUCCAUAACAGCCGCGCCCCCUCAAUGGCAACAACAAUGUAUUCAACGCCUCGCCUGCCAAGGUUUCCGACUCGAACCGCUCCCCGUAUUUUUACUCAGGGAGACGCUCAAGCUAAGCGGCGGGAAUACUGGGGCAGGAAAUAGCUCUUCUAGUACAGUCGAUGGCGGUGGCGUCGUCGUCGCCCGAGCGAACAGACCCCGCCACAAGAAAGGGUCGGGUGGGAAGAGGAAGAAUUUGGCGAAGUAUGCCCUCGGGAAGAUUAAGGUGCCCGUUAAAAAGGGGGCGGGAGGAUCUAGUUCUUCAUCUGAAGUUCCCGAAAUCCCGCCAGAUCUGGAAGGCUGGUUUAACCCCGCGCCAAAUCCGCCGAUUACGACGACAACGCGAAAACCCAGGCCUACCACGGAGGCGGAAGUGGAGGUGGAAAUGGGAACGGAAAUGACGACAAAUUCGCCCGAUAUGAUGAAGGAUGAUAUACUUAAGGAGGGUGCGACGACGAAGAAGGUGCCGGCCUUUUACAAAGUGAGCACGACCACACCCACGCCCAAGAAGGAGGAGACAUAUUACCCAACGCCGAAUCCAUGUUUGAGGUUUAAAUGUGCCUUCAUGGAUUAGGUUAAUAAUUUAUGUAUAAAUUAACGUGGUGGUGUUCUUAUUUAUUGACAUGUUUAGAUUAAAGCAUAAUAAAAAGCUUUUUGUGGAAUACAAUAUA